AUGUUGGCUACUUCAAAGCCCUUGCGCCUACGGUCUGCCUGCACGGAGUGCUAUGCCGCCAAGGUCCGCUGCAGCGGCGAGAAGUAUGGCUGUGAACGCUGUCGCCGGGGCGGCCUCUCAUGCGAAUACCGGGUGUCGAUGGUAGGGCGUGCGCCGAAGAAACGACGGAUGGACGCGAGUGACCAGGUUCCCCGUCCACGAUCGUCAUUUCCACCCAGCGCAAUCUCACAUCAAUCGGUUUCACAAAGCGGGUCUUCCCCACAACCCUUAGCCAGCGUGUCUAUGCUAGGCAACCCCCCUCCCGCAGUGAACGAUAUAACAGUGGAUGGUCCCAUUUUCGCGAUGGGAGAAUUUAACGUCUCUCCCGAGACGGAGAUCAACAGUAAUCUGCAGAAUCUUUUAACUGAAUACCCGGAUAUGCCGCUGGUUCCGCCCGGCGCGACCGAUCCUUUAUGGUCAGGAAAUGAGAACUUGUUACUCGAUGCGCAUCCAGAGAUUCACGAGAUCUCCAUUUCCGAUGGCACAUCCGCGGCGCCCGAACCGUUAGAAACAUUGCUAGCUAGCUGGCACACGUCGGGAAUGUCCGAUGAGCAUUUGCUAAGGUUAUUCCAGGGGCGCACAGCGGAGUCGGUGCGGUCCAGAUCAGCAGAAAAUACCGACGCGAAAGUCCCCUCAAGCUAUCGCGAUCGGUCGGUGGUGUCGCAGUACCCUCAUGUCGCGGCCCUAAUGAGGAUCAUCGAGUGUUUAGAAGAGCAGCUCCAGGUCCCCCGGGUCCUAAUAGAUCAAGCGAUGCGGCUAAACCGGCAGGCGAUGGUUAAGGUACGGGAGGUAAGUAAGACCGACGAAUUUCGACGCUGCCAGAGUUGUCCGCUCUUAGUGGCGACUGUGAUGGAUUUAGCCGUAGGGCUAUAUGAACUCGUGAUCCUCGCUAUCCAGCGCCCCGCGGGCGAAGGCGAUACCGUCUCCUUGCCAGAUCAGAACAAAGUGCCUUGGCAAAAGAGUCCUUUCCAGCAACCGUCUGGGAUAGAUGAAAUGCCAGGUGGUGGGUCUAGUCUCAGAUCGUCCAUCAGCGGGGGCUCAGAGCCCCCGCUUUUUCAGUUUGGAUGCCUUGAGUUCGAUCCGGAUGAACAAGAGAUCUUCCGGGCUGCGAUGGUGCGGCGUGAUUUACGACGAUGCGUUGAAACCAUCCAGUACUGUAGUCAGGAGAUUCUACAACGACCGAGACAAAGCGGGAAUCUGCACAGUGGGCCGCUCAGCCGUGGAGUACUUCAGUACAGAACGCCAUCGACUCAUGCACACACCCAGUGGUACCAGGAGAUGGGAUAUCGGGCCAAGGAGCUUCUGGCCGCUCUUCCUGCCCAGUGCGGCCACAAGUGA